UUCCGUCUCAGCGCGCAUGCGCAGAAACCAGCUGUCCUUUCGGCCUCGCUUUGACAAUGGCGACUCGUGGUGUGUGGCUGUUGACCCGUUUGCCCCUGUGUUCGCAGACGAGAAGUCCAGUCCAGUGUCCUGCACUCAGGCGUCUCAGUUGUGCGGGGACUGUGGCCGCAGGGCUCAGGAGAGAAGAGCAGCCUUCAGGGAGCGUGGAGACAGGCUGUCAGGACAAGACUCCCACGAAGACUUUCUAUGAGGAGCAGGACGAAAGGCGAGAACAGGCCCAGCGGACCGUGUUGGUACAUUGCCCGAGUAAAAUCAGUGAAAAGGAGUUUCUCAAGCAUCUAUCCCAGCAUGGCCCUGUUCAUAGUCAUUUCUUCUAUGAGAGCUUUGGGCUCUAUGCUGUCGUGGAGUUUUGCCAAAAGGACAGUGUAGAUUCCCUGCUGAAUGUGACUCAGAUUCCAGCCAUGGGCAUGGAGGCAGUGAUUCCGUUCAGAUCACGUUUCUUAAAUUUAAAGCUGAAGAGUCCAUCAAGGCCCGUUUCUGAAAUGUCACCUAUACAGCCAAGCAAUCAGUUGCCUCCUUCAAACAGGAAGCUUUCUGAAUUACUUUAUUCUGCAGAAAGUGUAGAUGAUCAGCUGAGCACACUCCUGAAGGAAUUACAGCUGACAGAGGAGAACACCAGGCUCCGGUACCUCAUCUGCUCUCUUAUUGAAGACAUAGCGACUGCCUAUUUUCCAGGCUGCACCAUCAGACCCUUCGGCUCUUCAGUGAACACUUUUGGGAAGUUGGGAUGUGACCUGGACAUGUUUAUAGAUCUCCAUGAAACUAGGAAACUCAGAACACACAAGAGAAUAGGAAAUUUUUUGAUGGAAUUUCAAGUGAAAAAUGUUCCUUCAGAAAGAAUUGCAACUCAGAAGAUCCUGACUGUGAUAGGAGAGUCCCUUGACCACUUUGGACCUGGCUGUGUGGGUAUCCAGAAAAUUCUCAAUGCCCGGUGUCCACUCGUGAGGUUCUCCCACCAGGCCUCUGGAUUUCAGUGUGACUUGACCACUAACAAUAGGGUUGCCUUAAAAAGCUCUGAGCUCCUUUACAUCUAUGGUUCCAUGGACUCAAGAGUAAGAGCCUUGGUGUUCAGCAUCCGCUGCUGGGCUCGAGCACAUUCUUUAACGAGUAAUAUUCCUGGUUCUUGGAUCACGAAUUUCUCCCUUACAAUGAUGGUCAUCUUUUUUCUUCAGAGAAGGUCACCACCCAUCCUUCCAACUCUAGAUACCCUAAAAGCCUUGGCAGAUACAGAAGAUAAAUGCAUAAUAGAAGGCAAUAAUUGUACAUUUACUCGUGAUUUGAAUAAAAUUAAACCUUCAGAAAACACAGAAACAUUAGAAUUACUAUUGAAGGAAUUUUUUGAAUAUUUUGGCAAUUUUGCUUUCAACAAGAAUUCCAUAAAUAUCCGACAGGUAAAUGUCUUGGGACGGGAACAAAACAAACCUGAUUCUUCUCCUCUGCACAUUGAGAAUCCUUUUGAAACUUCUCUCAACAUAAGCAAAAAUGUAAAUCAAAGCCAGCUACAAAGAUUUGUGGAGUUGGCCAGAGAAAGCGCCUGGGUUUUACACCAGGAAGAUGCAUAUCUCCCUUCCUCAUCCAGCAAGCCGCCCUGGGGGCUGGCUGCCCUCCUGCUGCCCUCAGUAAUGCAGAGUACAAAAAAACAGAAGAAGCGUUGUGGGAGUGAAAGAAUUAAAAGCCUGUUAGAGUCCAUGAAAAGCGGCAGUCCAGAAAGUUCUGCAAACACCAGUAGGAACUGAACAGUUGGUACUCAGACAUAAUGGUUGCUGUUUUGUGUUCAGAACUGGUUUUGUCCUGUGACCCGGCCUGUGGAGGGCCUAGAACUGGUGUCCCCAAGUUCUGCAGACCUCCCGUAUCAUCUGAUGUCACUUUGUGCGAAUUUUUCAUUGGCCCUAACCCUGACCUGAAGUUCUGGAACAUUUUCAGUCUGACCAGUCUGACACAUGGGUGGCAUUUUAUUAAACAGAAGUCACAGGAAUGGAGGAAUGUAGAUUGAAAUGUCCUUUAAAUGAGCUACACAAAGUGAGUGGUAAAAGUCAAUUUUAGAAUCAAACCAUUGUUGAUAUCCACAUCAUUCCCAGGUUGGGAAACAUUUAAAAGGACUUCUAGUUACGUACAUAUGAAGAUAAAUACAAUAAAACUUCAAAAUUUGGUAGUACUCUUAUAGUAUGUGUUUUUCUGUUUUUCAAGCAGUUUUCUUUUUUUUUAAGCAAAGUUUUCUUAAUCACAUAUAAAUUAAAACAGGUUGGUACUGAUACCCAAAAAUAUUUUAAAAAUAUAUAAAUGCAGAUACUUUAAUACUACAUUCUAAGUGUUCUAAAUUAAAUAUGUAAAAAUACUGAUACAUUGUUUCUAAAAUACCAGUUUUCCUAUUUUUGAGAAAUCAUGUUUCUACUAAAGUGUAAUACACUGUUCCCAAUAUCCCUUCACUUCUUUUUUUUUUUUGAUAUCGGGGAUCAAACUCAGGACCUUGCGCUUGCGCAGCAGGCGGCGGCACCACUGAGCUAAAUCCCCUAAACCCCUUCACUUCUUUUGAGAAUUCUCUUCCUACUGUAGGAACUGGCAGGGAGGAAGGAAGGAAAGGUGAGGAGAGGAGAGAGAAAGCUGUAACUUUCAGUUUAAGAAGCAAAUAAUAUCAUUCCAGGCCCCAAAUGCUUUGCUUUACAGCCCUGAUAAUAGUGCCCACUUCACUAGAUAACUGUGAAUGCGAGGUGCACAAGGUUAGGUAGGCCCCAUGUUAAAUGUGCCUUAACCUGAAAUGCUUAGAAACAGUGUACCAGACAUUUCUGGCUUCUUCCAAUAUAUGCUUGUACCUGGUAAAUUAUCUUGAGGAUAGGACCCAAGUCUAAACAUAAAGUUAACUGAUGGUUUGCAAGUGCCUUAUACAUACCCUAGUAAUUUUUUACAAUGUAUAUAAUAACAUGGUUUAUGAAACAAAGUUUUGGUGCAGAAUUUUCCACUUAUGGGACCGUGCUGGCAUUUGAAUUGGGAUAGCCAACCCUAUUUCUCUUUAGUUUUGACUUUCAAGUAUUUGUUGUAUGUAAUUAUUUUUCUCACUACCCAAAAUUCAGAUUUAAAGUUUGUAGUGGUUUUAAGAAAUUUUGCACUUAAAUGUUAAGUCAGAAAUUAUAGUGAACCCUGCUUGAGUGUUUUGAGGCCCUCAGCAAUAGACCUGCUACGAAGCAAGUAAGUUCUGUCUCCACAUGGCUGUGCUGUUGGGUCUUGCAACUGAAUCCAAACAAGUAUCAGUGUUCUCUAAUACAGGCAGUAUCCUGAAACUGAAAUGCGUUCUUCAUUUGUUCUUUAAUUAAGUUUAUUUUAGGGGGCUAGAAAUCAGUACUGAUUUAAAACGUUUAUAGUUAAGUGUUUCUCAGUGAUGAUUUUUCUUUCUAUUUGUAGAUGUUUGAUCAGACAUUUUCUUUUCUAGCUUGGCGUUAAAUCUAGACGGAUUACUUAAAUAAAAUAUGUGUAUGUA